CCGUGGGAACAGCACUGCUAUCUGUUCACGGGCGCGGACGCUGCUGCCUUCCCCACACUUAGAAUCAGAGGAAAGCUCUGUGGUUCUCAUCGUCUGUUCAGCAGGGAGAAGACGGCUAACUUUUUUGCUUAAUGCAACAUAUGAUUAAUCUUAUUGUAGGUGUUUGAAUACGGAGUCUCUUGAAAGACGUUUAAAUGGAUACAUGUGUGAGAAAACCCCGUCGAAGCUUCCUGUGACUGAUGGCAGAUAAUUUAUUUUUCCGAGUCCCGGAGGCGUUUGGAAGGAAUCUGCUGUUAUGAAGACAGUUGAAGAGAGUGCCUCAGCGAACACCACAAAGUGGGAGCAGGAGAAAGACCCCUCAUGGAAGUGCACAUCUUUUCCAAACCGGAUCAUAUGUAAGAACCGACAAGGAAAGCAAAAAGUCGGACAGAAGGAUUGUCUAUGGAGAGUACAAAUCGACACACUUUAAAACCAAUUCCCAGCACUACGGAUUACACGUAUCGCAUCGAUUCACUGGCUGUUACCUGGAAGGCAUGACGCAGUGAAAAGUUUUACAGGAAAAAAGACAGAACUAUGAUAGCAACUGGUGGAGUUAUAACUGGCCUGGCUGCUUUGAAAAGGCAGGAUUCAGCCAGAUCUCAGCAUCACCUGCCAUUGCCUUCUACAUCUGCAGAGCAGGAGAAGAAAAAAGCAAAGCGUAAACCCCGAGCUGAUGUUGUAGUUGUCAGAGGGAAGAUACGGUUAUACUCUCCUUCUGGAUUCUUCCUAAUUCUUGGGAUAUUGAUCUCAGUGGUUGGGAUUGCAAUGGCAGUGCUUGGAUACUGGCCACAGAAAGAAAUUGCCUUAACAGAAAACUCUGAUUCAUCAACCAAUGAUAUGCAGUUGACAAGGAACAAUGGUGGAAUAGUAGCUCAGUUUUUUGAGCAACACUUACAUUCAGAAAAAAUGAAAAUGCUGGGACCAUUCACAAUGGGCAUUGGAAUUUUUAUUUUUAUUUGCGCAAAUGCCAUUCUUCAUGAAAACAGAGAUAAAGAGACCAAAGUUAUACACAUGCGAGACAUUUACUCCACUGUCAUUGAUAUCCACAGUAUGAGAAUUAAAGAGCAGAAAUACAUGAAUGGGACAUACACUGCUCCUCUAGGGGAAAACGAGAUAUAUGAGAACCAGUGUGCCUCGAGGUUAGCUGCUAAUACUUUGCUGACAUUCUCUGGCUUUGGCAAUGAUAUUAGGGUAUCCCGUAGAACUAGCUCAACAGAAGAUGAAUAUGGUUUAGCAGACGAAGCCAAAGGUGGUCCAGAUCUCCUUCUUCCCAUAUGCAGGGACCGAUCUGGGUCAGUCUUUGGCCUCCAGCCAGAUAGCAACAGGAUGAAAGAUGACAAAAAUCAUAGCUCUAAAAAAUGUGAUACAAAGUCAAUUGUCUCAUCGUCCAUUAGUGCUUUCACCCUGCCUGUUAUUAAACUCAAUAACUGUGUGAUUGAUGAGCCUGACAUUGAUAACAUAACUGAGGAUUCGGAAUAUAGCAGGAAUGGGCCGAGACAGCCUUCAAUGGAUUCCUUAGCUGUUCCCUCAAUGGAUAUUACUGAAACAUACAAACCUCCCACUCCUGUGCUGCUACGAAGCAAUUCAGCAACUGAAUCCCAGAGCUCAUCCAAAUCAUCUUUAUCUCCUGGAUCAACAGGAGGGGCAUAUUUAUCGCCAGGUGCUGCUCGAAAGGAUUUUGGCUCCAACACUUCCCUUCAUAUGCUCUCAGCCCAUUCAAAAUCUUUGGACUUAGACAGAGGACCCUGUACUUUAACAGUGUAUCCAGAGCAGCGGAAACACCCAAGCUGGCCAAGACUGGAUCGAAGUAACAGCAAAGGCUACGUGAAACUAGAGAACAAUGAAGAUCCAAUGGACCGCUUGCCAGUGCCCCAGGUCGCUAACAAAAGGGAUUAUACUAAAAAGGAGAAGCUACUCAUGAUCUCAAGAUCUCAUAAUAAUCUGAGCUUUGAGCAUAAUGAAUUUAUCAGCAACACAUUAAAACGUGGCACAUCGGAAACAAGAUUCUAACCUUGGAAAAAGCUUUGCAACACUUUUUUUUGUGUGUAUCGUAAAAAGUGUUUAUUAUAAUAAUAAAAAAUGUGUGUAUAACAGUCAUUGUCAUAGAUUCCAAUGCAGACGUUUGAAUUAACUUGAACGCUGUUGUCAUGCAUUACGUUUUUCAUUGAAGGACUUCAGUUCAACAAUACCUGUGUGUUAAAAGAAACGAAGAAGUAUUGCUCAUUUCAUUUAAUGGAUCAUUACAUUUACAAAAGGUAAACGGCACCUAUAAAUAUUGUAGCAAAGAACAUAUUUACUCAAUAAUUAGAUAUCUGUGGGAAAGGGUCUUGUUUUUGUUUGACUACAAACAUAGGAAUAUUCACAUGGGUAAAAAGGAAGUGUUCCUCAGGGGUAGCUUUCUUAUUACUGUCACCAAAUAUCCAAAUGUUUGAUGGAAAAAAAAUGUCUGUUUAUCACCUUUCAUUCUUAUAAGUGAGAGUAUAGGGAUUAAAGGAAAUAAUAUCAGCUAAACAAAAAUAAAUAAUAACUGUGAAGACUUAAGUACUGAAGAGCAAACACAUUUGUAAUCGGUAAUUUAGCACCUAAUAAAAAUUAGCAACAAAAUAAGACACCACUUUCUUUGUUUUCAUGCAUCUUCUUUGUUUUAUGCCACUGACUUUAUCCUUGUAUUCAGUAUGUUUUUAAUUGUGUAACUAUCUACUGUAUUCUUCUUUCUGUACGCAUUGACUAACAGUGAAUGGGAUUUUUAUAAGGAAUAGAAUUAUUUUACACAUUUAUGGAAAAGAUAGACUGCAGGGCUCAACAAGGUACAGUAUUCUAGAUUCUAAAAAGAUCUUAUAAUAUGGUACCUUCUGUGCCGUGAAUUUAAUGGUUAGCUCCAGGGACCUGGACCAAUCAGUAUCUGGAUGGAGUUUGUGUGUUCUGCACAUGUGCAUGUGGGGUUUUAUCUGAUUAAUCGGUUACAGCACACACAAACACACACACACAUGCAGAGUCCAAAAAUGUGCAGGUUAUGUUAAUUUCAGACUCUGAGUGUACCCUGGCAUGUUCUGGUAUCCCAUUAAGCGUUUCUUCCUACCUUGUGCCCGAUUAAACACUAAAAUAAUUCUACCACUCAAAGCAAAAUUUCACUAUAUCCAUACUGUGACCACUACUGACCUAUAAUUUAUUACAUUACUUGUAAGCAGAAUUGCUGAAUAUAUAUUUUUAUUUUCAUGUAGUUACCAGACUUUUAUAUGAUUUAUAAGAUUUUGGUCUGUUUAAAGAAUACUUUAUUCCACGUUUACUAUUGUGCUGUUUAAGAAAAAUAAUAAAUCUGUUUCUCGAUUUGAGUCAUCAAUGACCCAGACUUAAACAUUUUGGUAAUACCAGACUUUCCAAAAUUUAAGUUAUCCGACAAGCAGUUGACUGCACCAGAAAUUGAACCAAGGUCUCUGGAGCUGUGAGGUACCACAGUGCCUCACUAGUAACAACCACAGAAACUAGAAAGAAACUGUACAGGUCUGAAUUAGUGUGUUAUAUUGUGUUGUACUGAUCCAUCAAAGUCAGGAUGUAGUGCAGGAUUGGUUUAGCAGAUCACAACUGAGCUGUGCAACAACUUUGUUUUUGGUAAAACAUAAUCCAUAAAGAAACUCUUCAGCAGUCUUUAUGGAAAUGUAACCAUGGUAUCCAUGUGUAUACUUUGAAAUGCUUGUCUUCUGGACAUCAUUCAAACAAAGACCUUAAUGUUAAGGUUUUCGCUUUUUCUGGUGUUAUGUUUCCUCUGUUACUAUUAUACUGGGCUUCCUAGCAGUUUUGUGUGAAGUCAGUGCUCAGGUAUUGAACUCUGUAUUCAUUCAGAAUGUUUUCUUUUGUUUUAUCUGUGUAAUUUUGUGAUUAUAAUUAAAACCAACAUUUUAAUGUUGUGUUGGCCAGAUUAUAUUAUCCCUGCAAUUUUAGUAUAAGAAGAUAAUUCUGGUUAUACCAAAAACAAAACAAUGUUUAUGUUUUUGUGUCAAAAGAGCACUAGCACUCAUUAAGUUUGGAUAUAUAAGUAUUUCUUGUACGUUAUGUCUGUAUAUUGUACCAGACUAGCUAGAUAUUUUGCUAAUGAGCUUUUACUAAAUAUAUUUAUUGUUCUUGAUAUACAUUGCUAUUUUUGAAAUAAAAAUACCAAAAUGCCUCAAUCAAAAUGUAUAAUUUACAUGUUUCUGAAAUAAAAUAUAUAUUAAAAUCUGCUCUUUUAUAA